GGGCGCCCGGAGCCGGGGGUGGAGAUGCGGCCUCGGGGUGUAACCCGGGGGCGGGCGGCUGGACCCGGACGGCUCUAAAUUGGCCGGAGGGGCUGGUCGGUGGCGAAGUUGCUAGCUCGCGGUUGCAGGAAUUGGCCAACGGCUCGUUUCAACCCUGCCUCGUUGGUGGCCACUGGAGAAGCGCGGGGGGCUCCCCAGACAGCCGUGGGGACAAGUUAGAGCCAGCACUUUACCCCGGGCCUCGCGUGUAGCUUCCCUUCCCCUGCUCUUGGUGCCCUGGUGUCUGGAGGGGGCUGCAGGGGUGUGCCCUCCGUACAUGUCCCACCACCUGGGCAACCCUCUGGGCUUGUGUUCCAUCUCGCUCUUGCUUCCUGCACAGUGGUCGAGGGGAACCACUUUGCAACAUGUCCCGGUAUAGCUACCGAAGUCUCCUGGACUGGCUCUAUGGGGGCGUGGACCCCAGCUUUGCAGGCAAUGGGGGCCCCGACUGUGCUGCCUUCCUCUCUUGGCAGCAGCGGCUGCUGGAAAGUGUGGUGGUCCUGACCCUGGCCCUGUUGGAGAUCCUGGUGGCCCUGCGACACAUCCUGAGGCAGACGAAGGAGGACGGUAGGGGUGGCCGUGGCUGCCAGCCAGAGCAGGUGACCCAGCGGCCAGAGGAAGGCAAGGAGAGCCUGAGCAAGAAUCUGCUCUUAGUAGCCCUGUGCCUGACCUUCGGGGUGGAGGUGGGCUUUAAGUUCGCCACCAAGACCGUCAUCUACCUGCUCAACCCCUGUCACCUGGUCACCAUGAUGCAUAUCUUUCUCCUGGCCUGCCCUCCAUGUCCGGGAGCUAUUGUCGUCUUCAAGCUACAGAUGCACAUGUUGAAUGGUGCUCUUCUGGCCUUGCUGUUCCCUGUGGUAAAUACCCGGCUGCUCCCCUUUGAAUUGGAGAUUUACUACAUUCAACAUGUUAUGCUCUACGUGGUGCCCUUCUACCUGCUUUGGAAAGGAGGUGCUUACACUCCAGAGCCCCUCAGCAGUUUCCGGUGGGCCCUUCUCUCAACUGGCCUCAUGUUCUUUUAUCACUUCAGCAUCUUGCAGAUCCUGGGCCUGGUCACCGAAGUGAAUUUGAACAACAUGCUGUGUCCGGCCAUCUCAGACCCAUUCUACGGCCCCUGGUAUCGCAUCUGGGCCUCGGGACACCAGACUCUCAUGACCAUGACCCACGGGAAGCUGGUCAUCCUGUUCUCAUACAUGGUUGGGCCCUUGUGUAAAUAUCUGCUGGAUUUGCUCCGGCUUCCAGCCAAGAAAAUAGACUGAAGGUGCUUGGGUUUUUUUUGGUGUUUUUUGUUUUGUUUGUUUUUUGUUUUGUUUUUUGAUUUUGUUUUUUGUUUUUUUGUCUCCCUGAGGAAAUAAGUCCUGACUUGACUUGGAGAAUGCCCAGUUCUUAAUGAAAUCAUGGGAGAGGGCAGUAGCGGGUAUUUCUUUAUUUCCUUUUCUCUGUCCCUUUCCACCACAACUCUUCCUUCCCCAGCUCUUCCUCCCAGGACAUUUCCUGGAGCCUGGGGUGUAGUGCUGAGGGCUGGAUUUUUCCUCUUCCACUUUGCUCUUUCUCCCUGCUCCCAGUGGCCUUACAUGGGGAGACAGUAGUCGGUAGCUUUCACUCUGCUUGUUGGGGCUUUAACAAACAGCUGAUUGAGGAGAAAGGGAACAACAAGCAGUAGUUCUUUUGGCAUCAAAGUGAUGAGGCUGGUUGUAUUUCAUUCCUCCACUGCCAGGGACCUCCAGGCUUAUGCUGGGGUCCCCCUUUUGUCUCCAGCAUAGCCCCACUUUAAGGGGACUGAGGCCUUGUUUCUAUACCAGCGGCAAGUGAAGAGCCAAGGGAUUUCCCAGUUCAUAGCCAAAAUAGAACCGGCUAGAUUCUUCCCACUGGUGUCUCAUGACUCAAAGCAAGCAGCCAACCAGCCACUCCUUCCCAGAGGCUGCCUGCGAUGGGAGGUGGGGCACUACUUGGCCCAAGAUUCCAUUGAGGGGCAUAGAGAGCUGCUGCAAUGGCAAAUUAAAAGUGAACAAGAUUAAAAUGUCCACAACUAAUACUAGGCUACAUUCUGCCUGUGAGAGCUAAGAACAGACUCAUAUCCCAAUCAGAAGUAAGCACAGAAAUGAAUGAACAGAAGUGGUAACUUGAGAAAAACAGUGAUUUGAAUCAUAUGCUCCAUUUUAGGUUAAUGUUGCUAUUAGAUGCCAUUUUAAUCUUGAGUACUCCUUAAAUGUUCUCUCUUUUUUAAAGGCAGCUUCAGGGAAGGAUGAGCUAGAGGUUUUUUUUUUUUUUUUCUUUUGAGUUUUUCUUCAUUUGUUUGCUCAUUGAUUUUUGGAUAUUUGAGUUUGGAGAAUCCUUACAUCUGUCUCGGGAGGGGCUCUUGUUGAUGCAUUUCAUGGUUUUACAGGAUAUGUCAACAUCCUGGGUUUGGGAAGAUACAGGUCCUGCUGGCCUUGUUUCCCUACGGCCAGAUGUCGUCACUGCUGCCAGACUCAGUGCUGAAUUUAGUGUGAGGGGCACCACAUGCUCCUUACCCUGUCCACCCCCAAAGCCCAUGUCCUGGGAGGAAUCAGAUCCCCAUGGGUGGAGAUGCAGGUGCUCCCAAAGGAAAACCUUUUGUUGAAAGACUUGAGCUCAGUCAUGCAUGGAUCUCAAGAAGGGAGGCAGUGGAUGGGCUUUUUCUGACUCCUUGUUAGCUGGUACUAAGAACAGAGUUGCUUAAGAACAGAAAAGAUGGUUGGUUCAGUGACUUCCUCUGGUGGGCCUCCCCUCCCCUCUCCCACUCUAGGCAAUCCAGUUGCCCUGGGCCAGUUCCCGUAUUUCAGGUGGUACUGUGUGAGACGUAGAUUGAGCUUUAGUGACAUUGUGAUCAUGAUUUUAGCAAACGGACCUACAAGAAGCAGCAGAAUGUAGGAGAGUCUCUGAGCAAGGUGAGGUCCAGGGAACCGACCAUGGAACCGCCCUUUUGCAGAGGCCUGCUGCCAUUGAGACUAUCAAUCUCCGGGAUAUGCGGGAACAGGAGGGAGAACACCGAGUGCUCUUAUUCCCCAUGAACUUCUCGUGAUGCUUCACCUUCAUUUUCUGCUAUUUUUGAGUAAUUGGCCAAGUUUUUCUUAGUGCCUCUUGCCCUAGGGUUGUCCCCCAGAGGGGGCUUCCCCUGAGUGGCUGUAUUUGCUCUGCCCACCAUCAAAUUGCUGCAUGUAGGACAGACUGACAAGGAAAUUUGUAAGGCCUUAGUGCCCUGCCUCCUUUUCACAAAAGGAAAGGUUGGAAGGAGGUCAUGGGUGGAGCCCCUGGGGGCCUGUCCUGUCCCUACCACAACAUGGAGUCUCUGUAGGCAGAUGCUCUGUGCCUCAGCUGGGGGCCAGCAGCCUGGGUGGGGCAGACGCUCAGCUUCGGAAUGCCACAGUGGCAUAGUGACUCUGCAGGCGCUCUCUUUCUCCCUGUCUUUGUGGCAUGGCACAAGUUGCCGGUCAGCCUGAGCUUUCCCUGAAUUGGCAUGCCUCUAAAAGCUUGACUUUGCCCUGGCUACAGCUCAGUGUCCCAUUCAAGCUGGCAUUUUCUGCUGCUUGGAAGGAAAGAAGAAAGUGAAAGCCAUGUGCCUUGCCUAGCCAGGCCAGAGACAGACACACCUGUCAGGGGAAGGGGAAAAUGAAAGGAAGGGGAGAUGCAGGGCUUCUGGGGUCCAGGUUGGCUCAGAGCCAUGUACAUGGAAGGAACAGAGACUGAGCCUAUUCCAGAGGCUCCACAGGGGUCAUGGCCUGUAUUUGAGGUAUUAGGGAGCAGCGUGCAUCUGAAUUGGUCUGUACCUCACUGUUACCUUGGGCCAAGCCUUGGGCCAGAACUGUGGUAGCCUGCCUUGGAGGGCGGUGCCUGUACCAGCAGGCCUGGGCUUUCCAAGUCCUCCCCAGGGCUUUCCUGUCAAUGCCAAGGAGGUUCCCCAACUGCCCUGGCCAAGUUUCCAUAUGCCAUUUGCCAGCGUGUGUGGGUGUUUAGUGUGUGUCCCAGAGAAUGUAGGAGUGGACAGUUUCUUUGAAAACAGCCCCGGGAAGGGAAAGGAAUGCUCCCUGAAGCCCCCACGUAGCCUUGGCCAAGGAUGUGGGCCAGUGAGAACAGUCUUUUCAGCUGCCCAACUUAUGGCAGCAGCUCAGAGUAGCAGAAAGAUGGUCAUGCCUGCUUGCAGUCUCAGUAUUUGAUUUUGUACACCAAAGAUGAUCUGGCCCAUCUUCUUCCUAGAGGCCCAGUGACAUACACCUCUGAGGAAGGCAUGGACUCUGUCUCCCCAAGACACUAUUUUCUCUCCUUGGACUUUUCAGCAUUUGCAGAAGCUGCUUGCAUGGUGGUUGGGAUAAGUGGGGUGGUCGGUGCACUUUACUGUCUAGUACCUCAAGUCUAGCCAUCAGAUCAUCCCUUUUGCUGCAGCCUCGGCCAGGGCUUUGCUAUUUGUGUUAGUUGAUAAUCCAGUGUUUUGGGGGAAUGCCCACAACUCCCCAUAGAAAACGAGUUGUCAGCAGGUCUCCAUGCACUGGUGUUGGGGCUGGGCAGCGCCCCAGGAGUGAGCCAGGUGGCAACGGGUGGUAGAAGGCCCUUCCUCCUGUUCCCUCGGCCAAAAUGACUGCCCUAGACCUGUAGAUGUUGGACCAGAGUCAUCUGUCCACUUUGGAAGAAUGAAGGGGAGGUGUGUGAGGAGACAAGAAGGGGUGACACCGCAGGAUAAGACACAGUUGUUGUGUUGGUUUUGGUCAGCCCGGAGCAGGCAUAAGGGAGGAGUUCCCGCAGGCCCUCAAGCACUCUUUGGCAAGGCUCCAGAUUGGGAAGGGGCCUCCCUGCUUCAUACCCGGCCCUGCCCUGCCCUCUGGGAGGUGGUAGAGUCCCUGACAAAGAGUGAGGAGUGAGCCUUCCUCUUUUGUAUAUAGACGGAGCCAAUCUGUGCUCAGGAAAAGUUAGUCGCUUGUUGCUCUUGUCUUUGACAAUUUUGUACAGUGGUUUGCUACUCGGUGGCAUAAAACAAAAGUCAUUUCAAGCAAAGUUGUUUUGGAAACUUG